AUGGCACCCAAGAUUCAUCUCGUUCGCCACGCGCAAGGAGAGCACAAUGCGACACGCGACUACAGCAUUCGCGAUGCAGUACUAACGGCCAAAGGCAAGGAGCAGUGUCGGGCCCUCAGCGCAGCGUUUCAACACCACGAUGAGAUAGAGACAGUGUUUGCGUCUCCACUGCGGCGGACAAUCCAGACGGCAGCGCUUAGUUUUGGACGGGUGCUGUCGCGGCCAGAAGUACCGUUUGUGCUGCUACCGGCGCUGCAGGAGGUCAGCAACAUUGGAUGCGACGUAGGGCUGGCGGAUAGUGCGGCUGAUUUGCAGCGACUACUGCCUGAUUUGUUCGAGGCCGGAGAGAUUGAUUUUGAUCUCAGCAAGAUUGAUGCGUCUGCGGUAACGCCGGGCUGGAAUUCCAAGGACGGCUACUGGGCGUACGAGAAGACGGCCAUCAGCAAGCGCGCCGCAGACUUGAGGAGCUGGCUAUUCCAGCGGCCAGAAGCCCAGGUGCUGGUGGUGACGCACGGGGCGUUUGCGCAUUUUCUGACCGAGGACUGGGACGUUGAAGAUCCCAUGCUGGGCACUGCAUACAAAAAUUGUGAGCAUCGCGUGUUUGUCUUCACGCCUGACUCGACGGCUGCCAAGGCCCAUGUGGAGGAGACGUGGGAGAGCAGACGCGGUAGAAGCACGGUAGAAGUCGAAAAGGACCCGCACGUCGUCGAUGAGUUCCUGACUACGGCUGCGUAG